AUGAAGUUGAACGUCUCCUACCCUGCCAAUGGCAGCCAGAAGCUCUUCGAGAUCGAGGAUGAGCGCAAGACCGCCAUCUUCACUGAGAAGCGCAUGGGCGCUGAGGUCCCCGGCGACUCCGUCGGCGACGAGUUCAAGGGCUACAUCUUCCGCAUCACCGGCGGAAACGACAAGCAGGGCUUCCCCAUGAAGCAGGGUGUCCUCCACCCUAACCGUGUCCGCCUCCUCCUCUCCGACGGCCACUCCUGCUACCGCCCCCGCCGCACCGGCGAGCGCAAGAGAAAGUCCGUCCACGGCUGCAUCGUCGGCAACGACAUGUCCGUCAUCGCCCUCUCCAUCGUCAAGAAGGGCGACGACGAGAUCCCCGGCCUCACCGACGUCGUCCACCCCAAGCGCCUCGGCCCCAAGCGCGCCACCAAGAUCCGCAAGUUCUUCGGCCUCACCAAGGAUGACGAUGUUCGCAAGUACGUCAUUCGCCGCGAGGUCCAGCCCAAGGGCGAGGGCAAGCAGGCCUACACCAAGGCUCCCAAGAUCCAGCGUCUUGUGACUCCCCAGCGUCUCCAGCACAAGCGCCACCGCGCCGCUCUCAAGAGACGCCAGGCCGAGAAGGUCAAGGAUGAGGCCAACGAGUACGCUCAGGUCCUCGCCAAGCGUGUUGCUGAGGCCAAGGCCAACAAGGCCGAUGCUCGCAAGCGUCGUGCCAGCUCUAUUCGCAAGUAA